GGCUCCGGAGUUGGCCUACCGCGCAGGCGCGAGUCGCCGACUCCGCCCCCUGGGUCCUGCAGUCGGAGCCAUUUCGCCGCUGCUUCCAUGCGGGUGAGGUGUGUUCUUUCGCCGUUCUCGUGGAAGGUUGGCGCUGCGAACUCGCCUAAGAAGGCUGUGCUCUCGGGCACGGAAAAGCGGAGGAGGGUGUGAAGAAGACACCUGAAUCAUGGGUGACAUUAAAAAUUUUCUGUAUGCCUGGUGUGGCAAAAGGAAGAUGACUCCAGCCUAUGAAAUUAGAGCAGUAGGAAACAAAAACAGACAGAAAUUCAUGUGUGAGGUUCGAGUAGAAGGGUUUAAUUAUGCUGGUAUGGGCAAUUCCACCAAUAAAAAGGAUGCACAGAGCAAUGCUGCCAGAGACUUUGUUAACUAUUUGGUUCGAAUAAAUGAAGUAAAGAGUGAAGAAGUUCCAGCUGUUGGGAUUGUACCACCCCCACCCAUACUUAGCGACACCUCUGAUAGCACAGCAAGUGCUGCAGAAGGGUUACCAGCACCAAUGGGAGGACCACUUCCUCCUCAUCUGGCUCUCAAAGCAGAAGCAGAAAAUAAUUCUGGAGUUGAGUCUUCUGGCUAUGGCUCUCCUGGACCUACUUGGGACCGAGGAGCCAACCUUAAAGAUUACUACUCAAGAAAGGAAGAACAAGAAGUACAAGCGACUCUAGAGUCAGAAGAAGUGGAUUUAAAUGCUGGGCUUCAUGGAAAUUGGACACUGGAAAAUGCUAAGGCUCGUCUGAACCAGUAUUUCCAAAAAGAAAAGAUCCAAGGAGAAUAUAAGUACACCCAAGUGGGUCCCGACCACAACAGGUGGAGGAGAAUGAGAUUGAGUGCUGACUUUAAGCCUGGCUGAGAAACAUACUGUCAUCGGUGUCAUUAAUGAAAGGGUGGAUGUUGUUCCCCUGAAAGCCAGUGGCCUUUGACCCCCUUGAAGCCCUUGUGCCUGAAGGAGCUUUAUUGCAGAAAUGACCAUUUAUAUCAAGCAGCUUGGCAGAAGGAUUUUCGCACGUGAACAUGGAUCUAAUAAGAAAUUAGCAGCACAGUCAUGUGCCCUCUCACUUGUCCGACAGCUCUAUCAUCUUGGAGUGAUUGAGGCUUACUCUGGGCUUACAAAGAAGAAAGAAGGAGAGAGAGUGGAGCCUUACAAAGUUUUCCUUUCUCCAGAUUUGGAGCUUCAGCUGCAAAAUGUGGUUCAAGAGCUAGAUCUUGAAAUUGUGCCCCCACCUGUUGAUCCUUCUAUGCCAGUUAUACUUAACAUUGGGAAAUUGGCUCAUUUUGAACCAUCUCAGAGACAAAAUGCAGUGGGAGUGGUUCCUUGGUCACCUCCACAAUCCAACUGGAAUCCUUGGACAAGUAGCAACAUUGAUGAGGGACCCCUUGCUUAUGCUUCUACAGAACAAAUAAGCAUGGACCUUAAGAAUGAAUUAACAUACCAGAUGGAACAAGAUCAUAAUUUACAAAGUGUGUUACAAGAGAGAGAGUUGCUGCCUGUGAAGAAAUUUGAAGCUGAAAUUCUGGAAGCCAUUAGUUCAAAUUCAGUUGUGAUUAUCCGAGGGGCUACUGGUUGUGGUAAAACCACACAAGUUCCACAGUACAUUUUGGAUGACUUUAUCCAGAAUGACAGAGCAGCCGAAUGCAAUAUUGUUGUGACACAGCCCAGAAGGAUCAGUGCAGUUGCAGUGGCAGAGCGAGUUGCUUAUGAGAGAGGAGAAGAGCCUGGAAAAAGCUGUGGUUACAGUGUUCGAUUUGAGUCUAUACUUCCACGCCCUCAUGCCAGUAUAAUGUUUUGUACUGUAGGUGUGCUUCUAAGAAAACUAGAAGCCGGCAUUCGAGGAAUCAGUCAUGUUAUUGUGGAUGAAAUUCAUGAAAGAGAUAUUAAUACUGACUUCCUUUUGGUAGUACUGCGUGAUGUGGUUUUGGCUUAUCCUGAAGUCCGUAUUGUUCUUAUGUCUGCAACUAUUGAUACCACCAUGUUCUGUGAAUAUUUCUUCAAUUGCCCCAUCAUUGAGGUUUAUGGAAGGACUUUCCCAGUUCAAGAGUAUUUUCUGGAAGACUGCAUUCAGAUGACUCAAUUCAUUCCUCCUCCAAAGGACAAGAAAAAGAAGGAUAAGGAGGAUGAUGGUGGUGAAGAUGAUGAUGCAAAUUGCAACCUAAUAUGUGGUGACGAAUAUGGGCCAGAAACAAAGUUGAGCAUGUCUCAGUUGAAUGAAAAGGAAACUCCUUUUGAACUUAUUGAGGCGCUUCUUAAAUACAUUGAAACCCUUAAUGUUCCUGGAGCUGUGUUGGUAUUUUUACCUGGCUGGAACUUGAUUUAUACUAUGCAAAAGCAUUUAGAAAAUAAUUCGCAUUUCGGAAGUCACCGGUAUCAGAUUCUACCUCUCCAUUCUCAGAUUCCUCGUGAGGAACAGCGCAAAGUGUUUGAUCCAGUACCAGAUGGAGUAACCAAGGUUAUUUUGUCCACAAACAUUGCUGAAACAAGCAUUACCAUAAAUGAUGUUGUUUACGUCAUUGACUCCUGCAAACAAAAAGUGAAACUAUUUACUGCUCACAACAAUAUGACCAACUAUGCUACUGUAUGGGCAUCAAAAACAAACCUUGAGCAGAGGAAAGGGCGAGCUGGCCGUGUACGACCUGGGUUCUGUUUCCACCUUUGUAGUCGAGCUCGUUUUGACAGACUAGAGACCCACAUGACACCAGAGAUGUUUAGAACACCAUUGCAUGAAAUUGCUCUGAGCAUAAAACUUCUGCGUCUAGGAGGAAUUGGCCAAUUCCUUGCAAAGGCAAUCGAACCUCCACCUUUGGAUGCUGUAAUUGAAGCAGAGCAUACUCUAAGAGAACUUGAUGCUUUAGAUGCCAAUGAUGAGUUGACUCCUCUUGGACGAAUCCUGGCUAAACUCCCCAUUGAACCUCGUUUUGGAAAAAUGAUGAUAAUGGGGUGUAUUUUCUAUGUGGGAGAUGCUGUCUGUACCAUCUCUGCUGCUACCUGCUUCCCAGAACCCUUUAUCAGCGAAGGAAAACGCCUGGGAUACAUACACCGGAAUUUUGCUGGAAACAGAUUUUCUGAUCACGUGGCUCUUUUAUCAGUAUUCCAAGCCUGGGAUGAUGCUAGGAUGAGUGGAGAAGAAGCAGAAAUACGUUUUUGUGAGCAGAAGAGACUCAAUAUGGCUACACUGAGAAUGACUUGGGAGGCCAAAGUACAGCUUAAAGAGAUUCUGAUUAACUCUGGAUUUCCCGAAGAUUGUUUAUUGACACAAGUGUUUACUAACACUGGACCAGAUAAUAAUUUGGAUGUUGUUAUCUCUCUGCUGGCUUUUGGUGUGUACCCCAAUGUAUGCUAUCAUAAGGAGAAGAGAAAGAUUCUUACCACUGAAGGGCGCAAUGCACUUAUCCACAAGUCAUCUGUGAACUGUCCUUUCAGCAGCCAAGACAUGAAGUACCCAUCUCCUUUCUUUGUUUUUGGUGAAAAGAUUAGAACCCGAGCCAUCUCUGCUAAAGGCAUGACCUUAGUGACCCCCUUACAGCUACUUCUCUUUGCCUCCAAGAAAGUCCAGUCGGAUGGGCAGAUUGUGUUUAUAGAUGACUGGAUCAGACUGCAAAUAUCUCAUGAAGCUGCAGCAUGCAUCACAGCCCUCCGGGCAGCCAUGGAAGCUCUGGUUGUUGAAGUGUCCAAACAACCAAAUAUUAUCAGCCAAUUGGACCCUGUAAAUGAACAUAUGCUAAACACAAUCCGACAGAUUUCUAGGCCCUCAGCUGCUGGUAUCAACCUUAUGAUUGGAAGUGUAAGGUACGGCGAUGGUCCACGACCUCCCAAGAUGGCCCGAUAUGAUAAUGGAAGUGGAUAUAGAAGGGGAUAUGGUGGGGGAGGAUAUGGUGGCGGAGGAUAUGGUGGCGGAUACGGUAGUGGAGGCUUUGGAGGAGGCUUUGGAAGUGGGGGAGGCUUUGGAGGAGGCUUUAACAGCGGUGGGGGAGGCUUUGGUAGUGGUGGGGGAGGCUUUGGCAGUGGUGGAGGUGGAUUUGGUGGUGGUGGAGGAGGCUUCAGUGGUGGAGGAGGUGGUGGAUUUGGUGGUGGCAGAGGAGGUGGAGGUGGCGGAUUUGGGGGUAGUGGGGGCUUUGGAAGUGGUGGGGGAGGGUAUGGUGUUGGAGGUGGUGGCUAUGGAGGAGGUGGUGGUGGUGGCUAUGGAGGAGGCAGUGGAGGAUAUGGAGGUGGGGGAGGGGGUUAUGGUGGUGGGGAAGGUUAUAGUAUAAGCCCCAACUCUUACCGUGGGAAUUAUGGUGGUGGCGGGGGAGGGUAUAGAGGAGGUUCCCAAGGAGGCUACAGAAACAACUUUGGUGGAGACUACAGAGGGUCCAGUGGAGACUACCGGGGAUCCGGUGGGGGCUAUAGAGGAUCUGGAGGAUUCCAGCGAAGGGGUUAUGGAGGUGGUUAUUUUGGACAAGGAAGAGGAGGAGGGGGUGGUGGUGGCUAUUAAGACUGGACUCUGUCGGAGCCUGUGCAUACAGUUGAAAAAUGCAUGCUGUAUGUUUUUCCAAGAUGUUUAUUUGCACCAAAAAAGUAAACCCAUUUCCCACUUAAUCUGUAGUUCAUGUGUAGUUUCAAGCAACAAAUGUAGACUAGUGAUUUUGUUUUAUAUUGUGUAAUGUAAAAUAUGACCUGUUAUACAAGUAUCAUACAUACAGUUUGUAUUUUUUUUUCUUGAAGGGGUAAAGGUUUGCCUUUUAACUUAA